AUGACUCACGAGUCCGUUUGGUUCAGCCGGCCCCGCAAGUACGGCAAGGGUUCCCGUCAAUGCCGUGUCUGUGCUCACCGCGCCGGUCUGAUCCGCAAGUACGGUAUGAACAUCUGCCGUCAGUGCUUCCGUGAGAAGUCCGCCGACAUCGGUUUCAACAAGGUGGGUCACCCUCCAGCCUCCAAAUACCAGCCUGCCACCGUUGAACUGGGAGAAUACUUCUCUUAA